AUGAAGUUUGGGGGGAAGGGGAUGAUCCAGCUGAUGGUACUGCUGUACAAUUGGGUGUGGAAAAACGAGGGGAUUACACUGUUGAACACAGUAGGAAAGGUGUUGUGUAAGCUGCUGAACGAUAGGAAAGCGGGAGUAUUGGAGAAAGAACAUAGCAUUAGUGAGGGCCAGGCAGGUUUCCGCAAGAAGAGGGGGUGCGUAGACCACGUGUUCACGAUUGACGCGGCGAAGAAGUUUACUGAUAAGUGGAGAUUGUCUGCCAACGUUCAGAAGAGUGCCGUCAUGGUAUGCAACGAGAACAAGGAGGAACCAGUAGAACAUAGAUGGAAGUGGGGGAUCGAGGAGAUUGCAGUAGUGGACCAGUACACAUACCUCGGAGUAGAGAUCGCAAAAGACUGCUCGUGGAAUGCACACAUGUCCAAGGUAGCGGAAAAGGGCAAAUCACGAGCAGGGAAGCUGCAUCCAAUACUCGCAAACCGGCACCUCGAUACACGCAUCAAAUUGACGGUUUUGAAGAGCGUAAUCGUACCGCCGCUAGAGUACGCCGGAGAAGUAUGGGAAGGAAAUAAGAAGGUAGUGAAAGAACUCGAGGCGGCGCAGAUGAAAGCAGCGAAAAUCAUCCUAGGAUGCUCCACGCGCACAAGUAAUGCAGCCGUGAGGGCAGAAUUGGGGAUCCAAUCCCUACGGUCGGGAAGAGACGCGAGGAAGCUGACCUGGCAGUAUCGCAUGUGCGGGAUGGGAGAGGAGAGGUUGCCGAGAAUUGUAUGGGAGGCGAAGUGGGCAAACAAAAAGAGGGGUAGACAACCCACGGAAUGGGUCAAGGUUGUAGAGGACGUAUGGAAGGGGCUCGACAUCGACGAAGAUGAAACGCUGGAAACGGAGGGUCUACAGGGGUUCAAGGAGAAGAUAUCUGUUGCUUGUGCCGAGAGAGAAGAACAGAAUCUGAGGAAAGAAUCCAAGGAUAAGGAGGGUCUAGAAGUGUACGGAAUGUUGAAGGAAGGAAUAGGGUUCAAGGACUACCUACAUGGACCAAUGGAUGCAGGAACAAAGCUUAAGGUCAAAUUCAGGACCGGGGACAUAGGCCUUCGAGAACGUCGACGAAGACAUAGGACGGUAGACGAGGAAGACGACGAGUUCAAAUGUGAUUGCGGCUUCGAAUGCGAAGACCGUGUUCAUGUAGUCGCGGAAUGUCCGUUGUACAAGAAGGAGAGGGAAGUGUACGUGACUGAGCUGGGAAAAAUAGAUGGAACGGACAGGGAGAUGUUUGAGGCAUGGAAAAGAGGGGAAAGGACGGUAGCUGUAGUGGGGCAUAGGAGAUGGGUUGAAAAGGCGGGAAGGGAUAUCGUUAGGAUAGACAGACUAGGGAAGACAUUUUUGAGCCACCUUUGGCAAAGUAGAAAGGAACGAUUGGCCAUCGGUGAU